AUGAACGGUUCCUUUGCGGAUCCUUUCUCUGCGGAUGAUUUUAAGGCCAGCGGGGAUGUUUUCAUCAAGGGAAUUGCUUCUUCUGCCAUUAACCUUGCUUGGCAAGCCGAGGGUGUCUUCAUUGUCACCGCCAAGAACAUCAAUGGAAGCCCUGCCAAAGAUAUCAAGCUUGAGCAAUCCGACGAUGCUAGCCGCGUUUGCGAUGGUGAUCUUUGCUAUUUCUUUGUCAAGUCCCAGGGUCUGACUGCACUUUCAAAUGAUGACUGGAGCAGCCCUAAGGGUGUUGAUCAAUUCGACCAGUUCUCCGUUGAUCCUCUCGAGUUCGCCAAGAGCGCUGCCUGGUUCCAGCAAGAAUUUGGCAUCAAUGACGACGGUAGCAAGACGUAUUGUGGCACUGUCGAUACUUCUUUCCUUGCCGGUGCCCUGUUCAGCGGUGGUGAGCAGGUUUCUAAGUAUGUCGUCAACCUUCCCGUGAUCAGCUAUGACGAUGAUGUACCGCCUUAUGGCCUUAGUUGGGAGUUCUAUGGAAGAGGUGGAAGCCCGACUGACGAGGAACACUUCCUGAACGUUCUUGGUCACUAUUUCAACGGCAUUCGCGGUGAUAUGCCCUCCUCUUACUCUAAGAUGUGGGACGCCUAG